UGACAUUACUGCUGUGCUGCACUGUCUUCGAGUUCGGUAUUCUGCAGAAGAUUCGCGUCGAAACAUGUAAAUACAACAGAAUGUGAAAACAAAUACAAUAUUCAUGGAAAAUCAACAGUCGACACAACCUGCCAGUAAAGAACAACAUCAAGAAACCAGCAAUGAGAAUAGUAUGCAAAGAACACCAAAAACAGAGAAGGUAGGAUUCUCAGUAUUAUCGAUUGGGUCUAUUUUAGAAAACCCCCAAAGCCCGAAAAGUCCCGAGACGAUUACUUCUCAUCAAAGUGAAAUUGAGUCUGCUCAUACAGAAGCAGUGCCAAUGGCAACUUCAACACCGACGUCGUCAGAGAAACGACCAAUAAAUUCCCCUACGUCCAGUAGUCAUUCGGAAAAAAAGACAAAAGUAGAAGGAGAGCAAGGAAAGCCUGAAGACGAAAAGAAAAGCUUACAGCAAUUCAGUGGUACUGGAGAACCAACGGCAGCUUUUACCUCUCACCAAGGUGCACCGACAGGUUCACCAGUAAUACCAGGUUCCACGCCGUGGCCCUAUUCGAGCUCAGCGUAUGGAGCGCCUCAGAGUUACGAUGGCGUCAGUAAAUUAUCUUAUGCGUAUUCCCAGAUUCCUGUUCGUCAAUUUGUAUCCCCUCCAAUUGAUAUCGACAAUUCUGCCCUCGAUACUUUUUUAGAGACAUGCUUAUCGUCUGGAAAUGAACCUGUUGCUCAGUUCGUCUAUACUCCAUGGUUUGAGUUGCCGUUACUGUACAAUGCAAUUGGCAAAUUUAUCCGAAUAGAAAUUGAUGCUAAAUGGUUGAAUGCUGCAAUCAAUCCGCGUCUUAGUAAACGAGAAAUAUGGGGGACAGAUGUAUAUACAGAUGACUCGGAUAUAGUUACCAUUUUGGCACAUUGCGGUUAUUUUUCUCUCUUCAAACCCCUAACGAAGAUUGCUGUUGUAGACUUAUUUAUUCUGCCACCCUUAAUAGGUUACAAAGGAACCAGGAAAAACCAAAUUGAAAGCAGAAGCUGGACUUCUCGACAAGAUGGUGUGAGUUUAAAAGUAAAAAACCACGAAUGGAAAUCUCCCGAACCUACGGUUUUUGAAACUGCUAUGCAUAAUAUGACAUUAGAACAACGAUUACAAGCACGACUUGAGCUAUCACGCUCCUCUGUUUUCAAGAUCUAAUACAAGAAUGUACUGAUUACCUUGAAAAAAAGUUCAUGUAUUUUAGAAAGAAACAACGUGCAAGAUGACUAAAAGCAAGUAUAGCAAAUACAUGGUAUAUAGGAACAUUGUUACAAGCUCUGUUAUACUUGAAAGCAUGAUAAAAGUCUGACUUGAUUUCAAAACCCGAUUUAUUAAUAAGAAACUUCAACUUUUAUUCAUUCUAUUUUUUUGUGAAUCUUUCUAUAUAAUCUCUAAACGUUCGA